CAGCGUGAUGUACUGAAACCAACCGGUGUAUUUAAAAUUCCUUUAAAACAUCAAAACAUAAACAAUAUGUAAAUAAUAUAAAUUUUUUAUUUGUUUAUUUAUGUAUAAUAUAUGUAUGUAUCAGAUUGAUAUUGAUAUGAGAAGUAUGUAUGUGAGAGAUAGUACCAUUUACAGUAACUGAUACGAGGACUCAUAUAUUUGCUGUAUUUUAUCUGAUAACUGUGUUUAAUAUUCUAAAUUUACGACAAACCCGCUGACCUUUCUUUCUUAUUGUACAGAAUGAUUUAUCCAUUUUUUCCCUUACCGUUUUUCACCCAAACGUCUUUGAACAUUAAAAAUGAAUAUAAAUAUUUUGAUGAAAAUCAGGUAAAUUUGUUUUCUUUAAUAAAAAAGUUUUUUUUUAAAUAAGUGCGCGAUUCUAAACUGGUUUAAUCCGUAUGAACAAGGCCUUAGAUCAUAUGCUGACCAAAUUAAUCUUUGUUAUAAUCAUGUAAACGAGGCCUUAUAUCAUCCUAGUACAGGGACUAGAUAACGAGCGGUGAAGUUCAAUGGUUACAAACGAGACAUCUCGAAUAGAUACACAAUAUAACUGGAUCAACACUGGACCAAAUUGUUCUUCUCUUAUCAGUGUGAUACUAAUUAAGAUGCGACAAAUUGUUUACAUUCAUUUCGGAGGAGAAAAAGUGUAUCAGCGUCGCACGUACGGACGUACAAGAUGAUUGAAGGUGGGAUAGAAUAUUCGGGCUACAUAGACAUCAAACAGCCUCCAAAAAUUAAAGGCAGGAAACUCAAAUCAUGGAAGAAAAAAUGGGUAAUUGUCCACGAGAUGUCUAUUCGAUCUGCCGGCAGGUCUGCUGCAAAAGUCGACGUGUACUCCGACGAGAAGACAGCCAAAAAUUCACCAGCGGAUAAGCAAACGUUCAUCCUAGAAUUUGUUACAGACAUCCGCUCUGCUAAAUCCAAGACGCAUUCCCAUGCUUUCGAAAUCGUGGAAAGAGACCCUGUCCUUCUAUUGGCAGGGUCGACGGAGUUAGAUACCCAGUCGUGGAUGUCAACAUUUAAAAAGAUCUUCUUCCCAGAGCAAGAGGAAAACGAUAUGUUCCCCGUCACAAUUGUACCCAAUGAACAUGCUGCGAGGUUAUCAUUAGCAGGGCUGUACUCUAUGACCGUUAACCCGGAAGUAAUCGCCAUAGUCAGCAAGGAGAAGAACUCCUAUGAAUGGUCUCUCAACAUGCUUAAAAGAUUUCAUCUGGUGAAAGAUACUGAAAACCCUACUAUUGAAAUUCUUAGCAUCGAAUGUGGACCAAAAUCAGAGUGUGGUGAGGCUAUUUUCCAGUUCAGUUCUGACCAUGUCACUAAGAUACUAGCUUCAAUAAAAGCAAACAUUUUUAUAGCGUUAAAUCGCAAGAAAGCUGAGAAACAUGACAAAAACAGCCCAACCAAUGACAUGACAGAACGUUUGUCUGUCAAAAGCAACACCGGAAGUAUUGACAGCGCAUGUCGCACAAGAAGUUCUACAUCCGGUAGCAUGGAACAACGUUAUAAGGACCUCCUAGAAACAUCAGCAAAUAAUCAAACAAAACCAUUACAUUCACCGAACUCUGACAAUAGCAUGGAUAGUGAAACCACAGGUGACGUGAAUGAUUUAAAACGGAAACAUAGACCAAGUGUUACUUUUGAAACACCAGUUAUAAAUGAAUGCACGUCAACAGAUGACCUUCUUUCCUCUCCCGUUGAAGUUAAAGACGAAGACAAAACGUCUGACUACAACACAGUCGAAUUUCAUCUUCCUAAAAGUACUCCACAAGUUGGUAACAUAAUAUCGACUUUUACAGUUGCCAAGCCUGGCUAUAAAACAAAAGUUCUUUUGGAUGAGAAUGGUUACAGUCACGUGGACAUACAGAGCUCAAAACCAGUUUUCUCAGACGAUAAAACCAGAUCAUUGUCAAACAUGUCUUCUCAUUCUUCCGUGUCAUGUCGCUCCGCGUCUGUUGGAUCUAGAGACUCUGGUAUAUUGUAUACUGCAGUAGACAAAGCUGCCAAGUUUGAGCGCGGAAUAGCUACAAAUCGAUCAACGAAUUCCUUCGAUAGUGCCGUUUCCACAUCAACUGUCGACAUGAAACAAUCAUGUCCGAUUGAUACAAAUGCAGCAAAUUUGACGGUUGAAAUCCAAGAAAUAGAAGUUACUCAUGAAGAGUUUAAGAAUGGACGUUUGGACACGGAUAGUAAAACAAUGGAGGUAAAUGAUAACGGGAUAUAUCAAGAUGUUUCCAUAGAGGAAAACAAAUGUGAGGAUAAAAACAAUGGAGAAAAUGCAUAUGCUCGAGCUAAUCCUAAACUAAGGAAGUGUAACUCAGCAGGUGACUUUAAAGCUGAAGAAAAAGAAAAUGAGUAUGAAGACUUGGAUAAUUUUCGAAAGGGCAAAAAGAAUCUAAUAAAACAUCUUGGAAUGGAUCCAACAGUAGAUCCAAAAUCUGUUCCACCGUCACUUCCGGAAAGACCAUCAUCUUAUAAAAUGAAACGGAAGUUCAAUACCGGUGAUAAGAAACUUUUCACACUUCCGUUUACAAAAAAUAAAAACAGGAAACAGAAAGAAAGAACGAUAAGUCUGUCUUCAUCCAGCGAUUCGGAUUCGGAGAGCACAAGAGGCAGUACUAAAACUGAUGAGAUGGCCGUUAAAGUAUGGCCGCUAGGAAAUAAAUCAGUUAUUGCUGGAAACGAGGAUUUGUAUCAACCAAUCGCCAUUGAGAGAUUUUUGAAAGACAAUGAUGGUAUGUCCGUUCCUCAGAAGCGGGAAAGAAGCAGCUCGCUCAAUUUGAAUAUGUCGUCUGCUAUGAAGCGUCCCACAGCAAGCCACGUGCGCAAUUCAGAACCAGUCGAUAGGAGAAACACAUUAUGGAAGCAUAACAGGAACGUUUCUAUGCAAGUUGAUAUGUUAAACAGAACAAAUAAUUCAUUGGGUUUGAAACAAAAUUUUGACAUGUCUUUACAGCCGGGAUUGUUUGGUCGUAUCGGCGAUAAUAGUAGUGACAGCAUCGACAUGGAAUUUGCUGAUGACGAACCUAUAUACGCUGAAGUCGGACCUACGACAAAGUCGUCGUCUGGCGAUAUUGAAAAUCCUUUUCCUGAUCUUACAGUUUGGACGCCAGCAAAUAUUAGUGACGUGGCUGAGGUUACAGAACUUGAUGAAACCAAGUAUGAAAAUGACGAGUCGAUGCAGUCGUUGAAUAACGCCGACAAAGGUGAUAUGUUGAAUCAAGGUUUUGUAAUUGACGAUGAAAUGAAAAGCUGUGAUAAAUGUGAUAAUGAAAGUAUGUUGAUAGAUUUAUCAGAGAUAAACCCUGCUCAUAACGGUAACUCUACAAAAACGGCCAUAGAUAUUUUCAAUAUGGGUAUGGGGACAAGCCUGUUAGAGACAUCAACUUUAACACAAGGACAUGCAGAAGUCUCAAAUUCAAAUGGGGCUGUGAAUUUUAUAGACAUUUUUCAUAUGGGAUGCGGAACACCUCUACCUUCUAGUAGUAGUGAUUUACUGAACAAAAGUGUAAUGCCUGUAAUAUCAGGGACAAUAACAAAUCCAUCUAACUCAUUGACAAUGCAAUCAGAAGCAACUGUUACAUCAUCAAACGCUCAAGCACAUGAAAGUAUAUACAUGGAUAUGAAUUCCUGUAAAAAUGAAAGCAUUUACGUAUUGCCGUCUUCAUUAAAACGAUAAACCAUAUAAAUAUAUAUUGCAAUUAAGAAAUUGUAAUACUUAUAAUACACAAUGCCAUAAAUGUGUUUUAGUUUGUAAAUACUUAUUAUAGAAUUGUAACUAUUUAUUUCUAAGUUUGAAUAAUUUUCAAUGAUUUUAAGUGUUCAAUCAUGUAACAUUGUACAAAUGUUUAUGGCAGGUAUCGCAUGAACUGUUAUCAAUGUUGUAUAUAUAUUUCUAGUUGAACAAAUUCAUGCAUUGAAUGCACAAAUAUGAGUUGUAUAAAUGAAAUGAAUGAGAUUAAUGUACAUAAUUUUGUGCAAUAUACAUGUUGUUUACCAUUGUUACGCAUUGUUUACGAUUUGUUAAGAGAACUAAUAAAAAUCAACUUAACUCU